UCCACAGCUUGGAGCCGCCGAGCGACAGCUAGAAGUAGUUUUAGGCUGUAACUGUCAUAAUGUCAGAAAGAACGCCUCUUCUUGCAGCAGAUCAUGGACAUGCAGCUGCUGGGCCUCCUGAGCGGAAGGCGUCCGACUGCCCUUUGCACAAGGAGACCUGCUUCUUGUCGGAUGGCUCUACAAAGAAGGAUGACGCUGAGCACCGGAAGGUCCAGCGCAAGCUGCUCAUAGCCUGCAUCCUCUGUGUUCUGUUCAUGCUCGUUGAGGUGGUCGGAGGCUAUGUUGCGCACAGUAUUGCCAUCCUGGCCGAUGCCGCACACAUGCUGUCUGACGUCGCGGGCUUUGCGGUGUCGUUGUUUGCGGCGUGGGCGGUGACUCGCAAGAGCCACAAGUCCUACUCGUUCGGCUACCACCGCAUUGAGAUCCUGGGCGCGCUGGCCUCGGUGCUGACCAUCUGGGCGGUCACCGGCGCGCUGGUGUACGAGGCCGUCCUGCGUGUCAUGUACCCCGAGCCCGUCAACGGAAAACUUAUGUUCAUUGUGGCCUGCGCCGGCAUCGGCUUCAACCUGAUCAUUGCGGCGGUGCUUGGCGAGCACCACGUGCACGGCAUCAGCGGCCACUGCCACGGCCACGACGACGAGGGCGGCGACGGCCAUGGGCACGGCCACGGCCAUGGGCAUGGGCACGGCCACUCCCACGGGCACUCGCAUGGCCACGGCCACAACCACGGUCAGCGGCAGCACAGCCACGGCCACGGCCACGGCCAUGACGGCAGCGAGCACGGCCACGGGCACAGCAGUGACGAGGCCGGUGCGGCCGCCGGCGGCAGUGGCUGCAAGCACGCCGGUCACGCGCACGAGGGAGGCAGCUGCAUCAUCAUCAACGUGCCGCUGGCGGACGGGGCGGCGGCGGCGGCGGCGGCGGGUGCCGCGGCGCCUGUGUCGGCCAUCAUCAGGGAGGGCGGCCACGAGGUGCCUGUGCGGCUGGACGUGCAGCAGAUGCUGGCUGCCGGCAAGGAGCCCGCUUCGCGCAGCGACCACGACCAUAAGCACGGGCAAGGAGAGGGCACGAACGGCCACGCUGGACACAGCAGCGAUGAGGAGGGGGGCCAUGACCACCACGACCACAGCCACGAACACGGCGCCGGCAGCUGCUGUGGCGGCCAUGGCCAGGCCGCGGCGGCAGCUGGCGCGGGCGCCGCGGCGGCGGGCCCUUCUGCUCCUGACGGCCAUGGCCACGGCCAUGACCACGGCCAUGACCACGACCACAAGCACGGCGGUGGCGGUGACGGCCAUGGCCACAGCCGUGAGGUCGUGCCGCACGCGCACAGCCACGACCACGGCGCCGGCGGAUGCGGGCAUGCCCAUUCGGACUCGGACCAGCCGGGCCACAGCCAUGGACACGGCCUGGGCGGAUGCGGCCACGGCCACUCGCACGGCCACGGCCACUCGCACGGCCACGGCCACGGUCACGGCGGUAACAUCAACCUGCGUUCGGCGGUGCUGCACGUGGUCGGCGACCUGCUGCAGAGCAUUGGCGUUGCCAUUGCCGGCGCGCUCAUCUGGUGGAAGCAGGACGACCCGCGCUGGCAGCUGGCUGACCCGGUGUGCACCUUCGGCUUCGCCAUCCUGGUGCUGCUGACCACUCGCAGCAUCAUUGCCGACAUCACGCACACGCUCAUGGAGCGCACGCCGCACCACGUGGACCUGCAGCAGGUCACACAGGCCUGGCAGGGGAUGGACGGCGUGCUGGACGUGCACGACCUGCACGUGUGGAACCUGUCCGUGGGCCUGCCCAUCCUCACCGCGCACGUGCACAUCGCGCGGGCAGCGGACGCUGACGCCGUGCUGCGCGGGCUGGAGGGCUACGUGCGGCGCACGCUGGGCAUCACGCACAGCACGAUCCAGAUCUGCAAUUACCAGGGCGCCGCCGUUGCUGUGACGCCGUCUGCCGCCGGCGCCGCUGGCGACGCACAGGUCUAGGCACCUGGGAUGCAGCUGGGAUGUAGCGCCGGUCCCCCCUUGGGCGCGACAGCACGGGCGAGCGCAGCGUUGCUCAAGCCGGGUGUUAGCUUGUGAGAGAGUGCAUGUUCGACGGCGGCCCUGCGGCCGUCUUAGCGACUGGAGCCAGGAAUGUACGCACGGUCAGAGGUUGCGCAACAUUGUAGGCAGCCUGGACGGGAGCUCGGAUACCAGUUCCUGCCUUGGCCGGGCGCAUUGCGAGUGCAAGGAGCGAUGGCGUCUGCGAUGUCGUGCAGCCACUUGACUCCCGGGCAAUAACGGUGAACUGUACAAAUGGUUGGGGGCGUUGUGUCCACCAAUAUGAUGCGUGUUAGGGUGACGAGUUCCACCGCUACAUGUGGCCGCGUUAGGGUGACGAGUCACACGGCUAGUCGCAACCGCGCCUGGGUGCUAAGCUGUGCGGGCGCCAAGGCAGGAUGCGGUUUGAUGUGGAUGGCAAGGGUGUUGAGAGCCAGUCAUGUUGUCCGUGGGUAUGGCCCGGCAGCCUUGUCAAGGAGUGGAGUGGUGGAGAACUGCUGGCGCGGCAUUACAAGAAUGUCUGCGCGCAUAUCUUUUGUAAGCUUGAAGCCUUGAA